UAUAACAUUUUUAUAAACAAAUUUAAUACCGCUUUAAAUUUGUAUUUUUCCGGCGCAGUUGACAUGAAUUAAGGCUGAAGGAUGGAGAUAAUUUUUCCGCAGGAUGUGCACGACGUGGAAAAGUUCCUGUCCUACGCCGAGCAACUGGAUUAUGAUGAGUUCUCAGCGCAAAUGUUUGUGUUCUGCAACUCACACUGCGACAUGGAUGUUUUCGAGCUAAUGGGCAACGAUCGACUGGCCCAGCUAAUUUACGGCUGGGAGGUUUGCAGCGUACCUAGCCGGGAUGUGGUGGCCUUAAAGGAGCCGGCAUUGUGUCACCUCGUCCGUGUGCUCACUCACCACUCACUGCAGAUGUGGUUCAGUCAGGAGUGGAUAACAUGCUCCGAGGGCCUCAAGCACAUGUUACUUUACAGCCUCACCAAGGCGGUGCCGGCCUUUUACCGCAUCGAGGAGCUGGCCAAUAUUAACUGGGCAUACGCGCUCAGGUUCCAGACGAGUCCCUGGAGUGUACCGUACCUGCAGAGGCUGUUCGCCAGCCUGCGCCAGAACAAGCAUCAUGGUAUCGAGCAUACAGUGCCAGUGGCUACAAUUGAAGAUAUCACUUUCCUGAAGGAGGAUGGCCUUAAUCUUAUAUUGUUGCGACUCAUGCAGCUCUUUAAUGCUGGCAAUUUUGAGGCUGUCAAACAGCUGUCCCUUCGCAUGCUGGCCGCUUGGUUGAAAGCCAAUGAACUCUUUCCUUUAGAGGACUUAGAGGGCGAUAAAACAUCGAUCGCCCUGGUGGGUCACCUCUACCUAUUGACUGUGUUCGCGAUGGACGAAAAUCGUGGUUAUGCCAUUGACAAUUUGAUGUACAACAUCCGGUUCUAUGCCCAGAGUAUGCAGGAGCAUGCUCCCAUCUCCGAAGACACCCACUUUACGCCAGCCCGCCUCAUUGCCCAGGUCUGUGUGCGUCUGCGGAUGGGCAAGAGCGGGUUCUUUGAGCAGAUCAGCUUCAAAAAGUUUAAGCUAAAUCUGGUCACCUCUUUCGCCGUCAUGCUGGAGGCCUACUCCAGCUAUGUUCUUGGCAACCAGCUAGUGGAACUGAUGACCCUCAACGAGCACGACUUCCUGGAACAUUCGUCGCAGUUCAAGGAGCUCAUGCACCGAUACGUGGUGGAACGGGAGGGCAGCGAGCGCUUCCUUCUGGAAGAACUGAAGAAGCUAGAGAACCAGCGAAACAGCCACUUCCAGCCGCAUGUGGUGAAGCUGAACAUCAACUACCAACAACAGAUCUGCAAGGGCAACCGAGCUAGCAACAUUGGCAACUAUAAGAACUGUGAUGACGACGAGAAACCCCUGCCGCCCGAGUCAGACGAGGAGCAGGACAGGCAGAUAGAUCCGGUAUUUCAGAGUGUGCCGAACAACGAGGAAAUUCUAGAUUUUGUGUACAAACUGUUGGCGGAGCGGGAGUUUAGCGGUUGGAAGUUUGCCAAGAUUGCCAUCCUGCUGAAGAUCAUUGGCCAGCAGUUAAACGCCAUUGAAAUCUGGCGCUAUCAUCCUGGCCUGACCACCGAAUUUAUGCUUAAUCUGGAGCAAAAAAUGUCGCAGAACUAUGCCGACCUGGCGAAGGUCUUUUCAGACCACGCAUUCAUGGAGGCCGAGUUCUGGCUAACGGCUUUCUACCUCAAUCCUAUAUCUGCCAACUACAACGAGGUCCGUCGGUGUUCGCGCAUUAAGAAGAAGCGCCAAGAGGAGGACCAUUGGUCCCCGGCAGCGACGGCAUCGCAGACCAUCAAAUACGAACUGCUUAGCUCCACAAUUGACGUGGACGAGAUCGUGACCGUGACUAACCACAAUGCCCCAGUGGGCGAUUACGAUCCCAUCUACAAGGCCCUGCAGGCGCUGCGCCUGCCCCCCAGCAUGAUCAAGGACCUGCUGACGGUGGUAUUCCAACCGCGCAACAAGCGCUACUCCUGGGCGCUGGAUUGGUUCACCUUGCAUGAGCGGUGCCAUGCUCUACUCAAAAGUCGCGACCUCAAGAACAAGUUCGUUGCCCUCAACAUGGCUGAGGCUAGCGACCGCUUAGAGUAUCUAAAGAUCGACUAUGCCAAGUACCGGGACAGACCGCAGUUGGACUACGGCACUAUCGAGGAGGGCUACGAGAACGCGGCGAAUCUACCGGAGCCUGAGGAGGAACCAGAGCCAUCUUCCAUAGCUAAGGAGGAGGAUGAGGACGUGAAGGCCAAGCAGCAGAAAAAGCGUCGUCCACCACGCAAGUUCUGGGAUGAAGUGUACUCGGAAGAUGAAGAGGAGGAGGCAGAAUCGAGCGAUUCGGAAGCUUACUACACGGGCAAUGGCCGACGGAAACGGAUCAGGGCUGCGGCCAUGGUGGCGAAUGCCAUGUUGUCCGACAUGGAUCGCAGUGCGCGCUGUGGUCGACGUUCCAGUUCUCCGGCAUUAUCCGAUGAGUUCAAGGGUUACCCACAGCACACGGCAAUGGAGGCCAAGCCUGAGACCGAUACCAAGCCAUCGAUGCCCUCGUCCCCAGAGGAGAAUGCUGUCAUCGCUGACGAAAAGCGUACAAUCGGCGAUUUGCUAGAGGCGCGCACAAAAUUCAGCAAUGAAACCGGCGGCUUCAAGGCGUUUGCCGACAUCUGGAGCUUUGAGAAGGAGGAGCUCCAGAACGUGGCCAGCGAGGGCAACAGUCUGAUGGAGUGCAGCUCAGUGCUCAGCAAGUUUAAAAGCUGGAAGUCUUUGAAGGAGACCGUGACAGCAAAGUUGCCCCUGGUGGAGCCACAAUCAUCCAGAAGGACUACGCGCACUGCUUCUGAAACCGAAACCAUAGACUCCGAAGCCACAUCGAUGACCACGCACUAUUUUAACGAGGAGGAGCCAAGCAACGAUUUGGUGUCCGGUGUAAGUAAAGAGCUAACGCUUUCGCCGCCCCUCCCGCCUGUUCCUAAACUUACUUUGGAGACAAAAGUGUUGCAGCCCGCAGAAGCGAAGGAGGUCGGGUUGACACAGCAGCUGCUUGGAUCUAGUACACUGCUGUCUGAGGAGCCAAGCCCCAAGACCGCACCACAAAUUGACCACCCCUCAGAAACCAGUCAGUCAGUAGAGGCGCCUUUAGACACGAGACAGCUAAAAGAGGAGCUCAUUGAAGCUAGUCAGCCAACGAUAAAGUUACAGGUAAACGAAGAGAGUCUUCUAACCGCAGAGGCGUUGGCUGUAAGGCAGCUAACCGACAAUUCCUCGAAAAUCACACAGCUAACCAAGGAGGCAGAGGAGCCCAAAUAUAUAGAAGAAGGGCUCAUGAAAAGUGCACAGUUAAACCAGAAUCCUAUCGCAAGCACACAAAUACAGGAGGAGCCACUAGGAAAUGAGCAACCAACCCAGGAGCCCCAGGACACAAAACAUCUAGAAAAGGAACCGCAGCUAAUCGAUGCACCUCAGCAAGCUGGUAAACGAAGCGCUGAACCGACCAAAACGACCUCGGAAACCGGAACUGAAACAGACACGGCGGAAGAAACAAAGUGCGGCGACAUUACACAGGAGCCGUCGUUCAAGCGUUUAAAACUGGAGCCAAUCGGAAGUGCGUUGUACACCUUGGUGCCCCCUGACGAAACUGCCGAAGAGAAGAUAGUAAGGGAGCGCCUUAUCAACGAGUGUCUCAACAGAUUGCCUCGCGUGUGCCUCAAGAUGCUGACGGUCCAGGAUAUCGAAAAGCUGCGCGGAGUCCGGGUGCGGGUUAAGCGAACCAAUCUGGUGGACUUCUGCCGAGAGCAAACGAUGGGCAAGCAGCGCAGAACCACAAGCAGGCGCCAGAGUCCCAGCUGCUCCCACACCGAGGACAGCACUGCGUCCACCCACAGCUCGGAUGCCCAGAAGCCGGGCAGGAGACGCUACAAGAAAUUUUUCCACAUCACGUCCGAUUCGGCAUCGCCAUCGCAUUAUCCUCGCGCCGUUGACAUCAAGCCGCUUUUUAAACACAUAACAUCUGACUCAUCAACGGAUCUGGAGGAAGUGCCUCCACCUGUGGUAGUGGUGAGAAGGCGCGGACGCGGACGAGGAAGAGGUGCCGGGCCGAGGUGUAAGACGCAAACUAUAAGGGCUCCGCGCUAUUCGCCGGAUGUGAUCGAGCUGUCCUCGGACUCCCUUUCCUCCAUUUCAUCCGUGCCAGCAGCCGGUCAGCCUAUGCACCAGUUUUCGGCGCUGGAGAUGGACCCGCUGUACGAGGAGGAGAUUGUUCCCUUCUAACAAGUAGGUUUAAGCUGGAUUCCCAGCCGGAGGCGCAGUUCUACGUGCUUGGAACGAAUGUAGACGAGGGGUUGCACAAUGAGACUGAGCAGAGCGAAAUUUGGUGGAGAAUCAUCGAGAGCGAGAGAGGGAAAAAAGCAGGAACAGCGGUUCGGAAAAUCGAGUUUGUCUUGCUUGUUAGAAUGCAAUUAGCCUGGGGCUAUGUGCCGGUACGAGUAUUUGCGUUAGCCGGACUCUGAUUCUGAUGAAAUUAUAUACAUGUACAUCUGUUUGUUCAAGUCCCCGGUUUCGGCAUUGUAUAGCGGUUUGUAUUUGGACUGUGACGAUGACGUCGAGACCCGCAGGCUAUCAAAAAAAAAGAACUCUCCGAUGGGAAACGCAAACGCAUCCGCUCUUCAAUUAACUGUCUAAUUGAUAUGCAUUAUGUUUUUGUAAAAAACGAAAUUAGGUACACGCGUUGGAGGAGCUCUUGAACAUGGAGGACGCCGCCUUCGACACGUGGCCGAGAUGGUGUGAAUUUUGGUGGCAAUAUAUUCGAACAAAUAUCAAUAAGGGAGGGUUCCUGCGGUUGGUGGGCAGCUGAAAAUCC